AGAAAAGGCGGCGGCCCGGCCGGGGAGGAGAGGCGCGGCGGACGCUGACGGCGCCGGGGCAGCUGGGAGCGAGCGGGCACGGCGGCCAGGGCAGUCCGGGCCGGGGCCGCGCCGGGGCCGCGCCCGCCGAUCUGGCCAUUAUGGAGGAGGAGUCGCAGCAUUCACACUGUGUGAAUUGUGUCAGCAGACGGUGUAUGACUAGACCCGAGCCUGGCAUUUCUUGUGACUUGAUUGGUUGUUCAUUGGUUUGUGGAGCUGUUUUUCAUUCUUGUAAAGCUGAAGAGCAUCGACUUUUAUGCCCAUUUGAACGCGUGCCUUGCUUAAAUAGUGAUUUUGGAUGUCCAUUUACAAUGGCUCGAAAUAAAGUUGCUGAACAUCUAGAAACGUGUCCUGCAAGUGUUGUGUGCUGUACUAUGGAGUGGAACCGUUGGCCCGUUAGCUACGCAGACCGGAAAUCCUAUGAGAAUCUCAGUCGAGACGUUGAUGAAGUAGCACAAUUAGAUAUGGCCUUGGCCCUUCAAGACCAACGAAUGCUCUUAGAAUCUCUCAAAGUCGCCACCAUGAUGUCAAAAGCUACUGACAAAGUAUCAGGUCCCAGAGAACAAAUCUCCGUAAAAUCAAGUGUUCCAGAAAUCGCACAUGCCAAUGGUUUGGUAUCUGUUGAUGAAGAAUCUUAUGGUGCACUUUAUCAAGCUACUGUAGAAACAACUAGAAGUUUGGCUGCUGCUUUAGAUAUCCUGAAUACCGCCACAAGAGACAUUGGCCUGUUAAGUACAAAUCUUUGUGCUUCCCCAAGGGAAAUGGAUGAAGAGCAGGAUGCUGGAGAAAGCUUACAGAGUAGAAAUUCAAAAGACCAAGACGGUCCUGAUGAGGAUGAAAUUGGAGCAGUGGGUGGAAUUAAUCGUGACACAAACCUGAAUGCCCUGUCUGAACAGAAUGGUUCCAGUGAUUUAUUAUGUGACUCGAAUACCAACUCAUAUGGAACUUCUGCUCUUUGUAAUGGCUUUCCUGCGGGAGAUAUAUGUACGCAUGUCCUAGAUCAGGAUGAGGACUUGCAUGGGGAUUCAAAACAAAGUACCUUAACAAAUGGAGAAUGCGUAGCAUCAGAUGGCUCUUCAGAUCCUUCUGGCUCAAUCUCAAUAGCAGCGCAGCUUCGGGAAGUUAUCCCAUCCAACACUUUACCCAACGGUACAGUUCAGCAUCUCCUCCUGCCCAGUGAAGAGGAUGAAGGGGAAUUGUAUUGGCGAAAAAUAGGCUUAGGAGACUUGCGAAAUUUAGAUGCCUUACCUAUCAGUCAUACGCCUUCGUUCAAAUUUAUUUCUAAUUCGUUGUGGUCGAAGCCAAAGGAAGAUAAAGCCGUUGAUACAUCAGAUUUGGAAGUCGCUGAGGAUCCAAUGGGCCUCCAAGGAAUAGACCUCAUCACAGCAGCGUUACUGUUUUGUCUAGGAGAUUCUCCAGGCGGAAGGGGCAUAUCUGAUAGCCGCGUGGUUGAUGGUUAUCACAUUGACUUUGGGACACAGACUUUCUCCCUUCCAUCUGCAAUAUUAGUUACAAACACCAUGGUAGGGGAAAUUGCUUCGGCUUCAGCUUGCGAUCAUGCCAACCCACAGCUUUCAAAUCCAAGUCCUUUUCAGACACUUGGGCUGGAUUUAGUAUUGGAAUGUGUCGCUCGGUACCAGCCCAAGCAGCGUUCAAUGUUUACAUUUGUUUGUGGACAGUUAUUUAGAAGAAAAGAAUUUUCAUCGCAUUUUAAGAAUGUGCACGGUGACAUUCAUGCCGGACUCAAUGGUUGGAUGGAACAGAGGUGUCCUUUAGCGUAUUAUGGUUGUACCUAUUCCCAGCGCCGAUUCUGUCCUUCGACGCAAGGAGCGAAGAUUAUACACGACCGCCAGUUGAGGUCAUUUGGCGUUCAGCCGUGUGUUUCUACAGUAUUAGUGGAGCCUGCUAGAAACUGUGUGUUGGGAUUACAUACUGACCAUCUGAGUGGUCUUCCUUUCGAAGUCCUACAACAUAUCGCGGGCUUUCUGGAUGGAUUCAGCCUAUGCCAGCUCUCGUGUGUGUCCAGGUUAAUGAGGGAUGUGUGUGGCAGUCUGCUUCAGUCUCGUGGAAUGGUCAUACUGCAGUGGGGAAAAAAGAAGUAUCCAGAAGGAAACUCAUCAUGGCAGAUAAAAGAGAAGGUAUGGCGAUUCAGUACUGCGUUUUGUUCUGUUAAUGAGUGGAAAUUCGCUGACAUCCUCAGCAUGGCCGAUCACUUGAAGAAGUGCAGUUACAAUAUUGUAGAGAAACGAGAGGAAGCAAUUCCAUUGCCAUGUAUGUGUGUCACGCGGGAACUCACUAAAGAAGGACGUUCACUUCGCUCAGUUUUGAAACCUGUACUUUAAAAACUGUAACUCCCCUUGCACAUGCAAGCACCUAGUAUAAUUUUCUUUGUAAUAUGAAACACUUUAUUAAUGUAUUAAAUAUUACAACUAGCUAAAUUUAUUGUCACAAUGUACAUAAUGUUUUGAAGUGACGUAUAUUUUUAUAAAGUACUGUUUAGUUGGGAAAAAGUUGCCUUAAUGUUUGAAAUGUGUGAAUUUUUGCUGGACAGGGUGAUUUAAUUCUUAGCUACACAAUUUUCAGAAUUGGUAUUUCUACUGGUGUGCGUAUUUUGGUUCUUAAAUAUUUUGCUUCUUGAACUAACAUGAUCCUGACCAAACACUUCUUAUUUUCUGUGGGUUGUAACCCAGGCAUUGAAACAGCAAAACUUUGAUUUUUUUUUUCAACCUUGGUUUUUCAGAUAAAAACUUCUCAGCUUUUAAGCACUUAAGCACUAACAUAAGGUCAUUAUAAAAUUUUACAUUUUUAUUUUCUAGCACUCCCCUUACUCUGCUUUCAUAAUAUUAGAAUCAUAGCUACUAUUUGGUAAUGUUACUUACUAAGUUUUUUAAAUACCAGUAUUUUUGCUUUGUGUACUUAACCACUCUAAUAGAGGUGUGACCUUAGGCAGCUUUGUUUUUGAUUAGAUACUACAUCCAAAGAGUCAUAGUAACGUGUUAUAUAAUAGUGUAGGUAAAAACGAAAAAAAACCCUGUGAAUUUAAUUUGGACCUGUGUGUGGUAUUUGCUAGGUACCUGGUAUUUGGAGAGAAGAAAACAAUACCUCAUUUUAAGCAUGAAUUGGGCAUAAUGUGUAAAUAAAUUCCAGAUACUCAGAAUGCAAAAAGGGAUUAAGUUUUUCAUAAGCUUUAAAUUUUUUGCCAUCUGGGGUUUAAAAGUUAUGUAUUAAGACAAAUGUGAAAUUUGAUACUGUUUUAAGAUGACAAUUGUGAAAAGCAAAAAGCUAUUCUUUGUCGACAAUCUCUUUAAAAUAUUUCUAGGUUAAUUCCCUAGGCUUUUUUACCAAAACAAAUUGAUUUUGUCAAAAAGUCAGAGUAUGACAGAAACAAAGACCCAUGCUCAUUUUAUUACAGUUUAAAAUUUGAUUGCUACUAUUACUAACCUGAUAUGUUUAGUAAAGAAGAGUAAAGGCUGUGGAUGUAACUCAGUGGUAGAGCACUUGGCUUGUCUAUGGUAAGACUUGGGAUUCAAUCACCUGCAUAGGGGGACUGAAAAAGAAGUGCCAAGAAUGAUAUCAGUUUCUAAAAAUCAUAAAAUGGCAUAUGUACUUUAACAUUUAUUUCUAGGUAAUUUCUGACAUCUAGUUGUCUGACUUUUUGACAAGUUACUUGUUAAAAACUUGACCGUGUCUUCUCUUCCUACACUUGCCCCUGAAAGGGCUCUAGAAUUCGGGAGUUCUUGAUUCCCGUACAUGGCAGCCAGUCCAGGAGGAGACAAAUUCCCAACUGUUUAGACUUGGAUUGGGUUUAGUCCUUAUUAUAGUCAAAAUAUAAGACAUUGAAGACUCAUCAGUUGUUUUACCUCACCUAUUAGUAAACUCGUGCCUGCAAGUUUCCGAUUAUAAGACUGAAUAUACACAAUCUAUUUCUGUGCAGAAGUAAAGCAUAAGAUGUCAGAUAUCUUUGUAAAGGUACCACUACAAAGAUAUCACUGUAACAUACCACUUUGUCUUGUAAAGUUUUGCUGAAGAAUGUGCCUAUGUUUAGGAUAGCACAAGCAUCAAUGUUUCAUGGUUGUGUUUUUUAUUUUAAAUGCUUUAUUUUCUAGUUUAGGUCUUGUUUGCACACUGGAUCAUGAGAUAUUUAGUAUUUCACCACCUUACAUUUCUUUUACACAUCUGUUAUGCCACCAUCAAUUUUGUUAAAAAAAUGUUUUUGUUGUGCAGCAUUUGUCCAAAUUCAAAUAAAAUUAAUAUUUCUCUUUA